AUGGCUAACAGUACGUCAACGUCAUCUUGCUUUCAUCUUCCUGAUCCAUCUUUUGACCGGGUUUCAGAGCGUUUCCUGCUAAAUCUUGUAACAGCCAUCAUAAAUAUCAUUUCCGCCCCUUUUGCCGUCAUCUUGAACCUUCUGAUUACCAUUGCCAUCUUUAAGAACACUCUACUUCGAACACCAUCAAAUCUCUUGAUAGGCAGCUUGGCUCUAUCUGACAUUUUAGUUGGUCUCACAGUUCAACCAGGUUACAUCACCUACAGACUUAUGGAAAAUCAGCAUCGAACAGUUCCGUGCUUCGUUCGAGUUGUGUACUCUAAUGCCUUCUACAUUUGUUGCGGAGUGUCUUUUAUGACUCUUACAGCUGUAAGCUACGAGCGAUUUGUGGCAGUCCGUCUUAAUGCAAGAUACAACAAUGUCUUCUCGUCGAAACGAGCCGUUAAAUAUAGCUUGGCCAUCUGGAUGUUUAAUGUCUCAGUAACAAGUCUGCAAUGGGUGGGAAUAAACCAUGUCUCCAGAGCAACGCAUUUACUGGUGUGGUUUCUCUGUCUUUUGCUGUCAGGAGCUGCAAACGUAGGAAUGGUGCUCGUUUGGCGUCGACACCGACGCCAAGUUCAACGCCAUAUCGGGCAUAUUACCAAUUUUCAGUGGCGACAGAGACAAGAAAAGCUUACAAAAACUGUUUCUUUCAUCGUGGGAUUCUAUUUGUUAUUCAACAUACCCGUUUUAUUUGUCACAAUUUAUCACCAGAUUUUGAAGCAGGACAUUAAGACUUAUAACCACUAUAGUUGGGCGGAAACUCUAGCUUUCCUCAAUUCCUGCACAAACCCAUCAAUCUGCUUAUGGAAGAACCGGCAAAUUCGUCAAAAAAUAUUGCUUUACUUCCGAAAA